UUUUAGUCAGUAUGUUAAAGAUGGCUGCCUUUUCUGGAUUACUGAUGCUUGCUGUGUUUAGUUUAACAAUUUCUGCCCCUGUAGACAAGAGGUUGCAGGCAUUGAAUGACACGCUGUCAGCCAUUGAACGUCUUGUUCGCUAUUACAAGUCAACUUUUCGGGAGCUGAACAUCGAUGGACUUUUUGGUUUGCGUGUUUUGGAAGGGCAGUUAGAAAUUUUGCUGGAGAGAUUUGACAAAGGUGAAAAUGGAGGCCUCUCCAUGGACAUCAGAACCCGAAUACAGAAGCUUAAGCAGGAGGCCACAAGCAUCAGUGAGGAGGCAGUCAGCUUCGUCAAGAAAGGGGAUGAGGAGUACUACAAGGACCUCCACUUUGUCGUCAGUCGUCCAUGGAUCCUGUGGAAAAGUCAGCGAGUUCUCAACUUCAGCACUCUCUGGAGCCAUGAUGUCUAUUUCAGCAAUAAAAAGAAAUUGUCAGAGAGUGAGUCGGACCAUUGUAUGACUCAGUUGACAGGGACCCUGGGUAAAGGGUCGUCGGCAAUGUGUCAGAUCAAGGAGGAUUGUGUGGAGCUAAUGACAAGCCAAGGAUUGACGGGCUACGGAAUCACACACCAGAUCCUGUGGUCCAUGUUGUCUGAACAGGCAGGGUGUUUGAACAGCAUGAAGGCUUUGUUUGAGAAACAUGGGAAAUCAGUAGAUGAUUUUCAAACAGAGUUUUGUACAAACAACUUCCUGGAGAUGAUUCAAACAGUUCAUAUCAUACUCACGGAAAAUAUAACACCAAGAUUUCAGGAUCUAUUCCUUGAGCAACAAUUUGUUUGUCCGAAUAUUGGAUUUUAUGAGUUCCUAUCCAGCUCGUACCUGUAUGAAAUCAUUCAUUGGCAAAGGAAAAGCGGCUGCUUUGGCAGCAUGCCAAGAACGGUAAAUUCAAAAGACAAAGAUGACUUUGAUUAUGAUUAUGAAGAUGAUACAAAAAAGGACAAUAUUCCUGUUCAACUUCAAAAACAGGGCCUCCAAAAUGAUUCACACAAUGCUGUAGUGGUGCAGAAAGGUCAAAAACUGGUACAGCAGUUCACUAACCAAGAUAACAAGAAAGUUAAACCUCAAGAUAUCCUUACAAAACCUUCACAGAGAGGUUUGCUGUCUUUUCCCGACUCCAGAACUUUUAGAAGCAGGAAGUUAUUGGUUGAGAAAGCCAUGUCAGGUGGAUGUCUGGCCCAUAAGACGGCAGUAGGGGCAGGGGCUCUGGUGAUGUACCUGAGAUAUCUCAUCUACCCAGGAUCCUCAGACAUUUUCAAAAACCAUGCUUUCAUCAAAUCAAAAUUAUCAGCUGCUAAACCUUUAACAGACAAUGAAGACAUAGCCUAUGCACUGGCCAUGGGACAGACCUUCAAGGACAUCCCUAAAGCAAUUCUUGAUAAAACAGCUGUAAAAAAACAGGACCAUGCAAUGAAAGCCAACAGAACACUGCUUAAAAAUGACUACAACCAACCAGGUGCUCUGAAUAAUAAUGUCCUUGCUGCUCAGUUGUACGGUAAAACUGAUAAGGAGGAGUACUAUUCAAACCAGAGGGAAAAGCAUGAAUACUACGAUGAUAAGAACGAGUCACCAGAGUAUCCCAAAAAUGAUGCCAAGAAACCCAACCAGGACGUCAUGGUGCGCUUUGAUAACGCGAAAGCCGACAAGAACAACUAUUUAGACGAGGACUACAAAGACGAGGACUACAACGAGAAAGGUGAUGACAAAGAGGAGGAGGAGGAUGUGAAAAACCAGGACCGAGAUUACCCGUACUACGACGUCAAUCAGCGGAAACAGCAGGAGGAGGCGGACAGAAUAGAGAGGGAGGAUAAAGACCAGUAUAUGAUAAAACGAGACAAAGGGGGGCAACCUGACCCUGUGGGGGGUGUAGGGGAGAAGGUCGUGAUCCCCGGUCAGCCGGACGGACCGUCCCUGGGGACUGUAAUGAUGGGGUUCAGUGCUGUGUUUUGUGUUCUGUUGUUUUUUGUCUAUCGUUUUAUAAAGAGCAGGAGAGUUAAUAUACACUACAGUUUGAGAUCUUUGAUGAGGCGAAUGUAAGAACCUUCACAUUGAUGAGGCGAAUGUAAGAACCUUCACAUUGAUGAGGCGAAUGUAAGAACCUUCACAUUGAUGAGGCGAAUGUAAGAACCUUCACAUUGAUGAGGCGAAUGUAAGAACCUUCACAUUGUAUAAGAUCACUGAUGAAUGUGGUUGUUUGGUAUGGUGCAUAUUUAUUAAGUGGUUCUUGCCAUUAGUCAUUGAUUCAUGUAAAAGGUUUAUUCCUCAUCAGAUACUUGUGAGUAUUGAAUACAGUAUAUUUUCAGAAGUUCAUAUACUUAAACAUAUGGGUUUCAAUUUGAUGAGCAGUUACAUUUCCAUUUUAUGUUCACACAUAAUUUGUACUGAUUUUGGUUUUUCUUCGUAAUUAGAUAUUGUUAUUGAAACAUAAAGCAAAUAAUUACAUAAAUAAUUAUAAACAAUGAUUAUGUCUUAGGAAUGUAUCAAGUUUUUGUGUUAUAUUAAACCCACAAGGCUGCUGAGAUUGUGUAAAUUACAAUGACAAUGUUGAAAAAUAUCUAAAGGGUAAAAUUUAUUAUUAGUGCAGAAAGAGUUGUUACCCCUUUUAUAGAAUAAGUAUUACAUGUAAUGUCAAAGGGUCAGAAAGAGGUCACCUAUUUCACUUUUACUUGUGUUUUAAUAAUUAGCUGUAUAAUUAUAUUACCAGCUAAAUAUAAUUAAUUAUAAUGUAAUUAUAUAAAUUUUAAAUUUUCCACUUCCAUGCAUCAUAAUUUACCACAAGUCUUCCAGGAGCUGUGUAAAUGAGGAUACUUGUGUUUGUCUGAAGUGAUCAUAGCAAUGUCCAUGUUCUGAAACAAUCAAAUUGUGUGCCUGUUCAAUAUUAUUUUACCACUAGUCUAGAGUGCAUUAUUUCAAACACAGAUGUUUGUUUUCAUUUCUUUUUAUACAAUUCAGUAUUUAUUGUAGAGUAUUUAAUAGGGUUUUGAAUCUGCUUUAAUGAUUAGGUGCAGGUUUUUUCUUGAUCAAAGAGAAAUAAUUUCUGCAAAGAUUUUCUCAGAAGACAAAAGUAUAAAUGUUUUGAGCAGAAUUUUUCUGAUUCAUUGUUUGCCAUUUUAAGUGAUUUUCCUUGAAAAAGCCUGUGUAUAUAUAUAUCUCAUAUUUGUAUCUGCAGGCUUUUCUUUGUGUCAUAUAGUGUGUCCUAAACUUACAUAAAGCAUAUAUUUAAACAGUAAAAUGCUUUCCUUGGUGAUUCACAGCUGACAGGGGAUAUGAAGUUAGCGACAUUGCCAAAAAAAAACCAAAAAAACCCCCAAAAAACCAUAACCCGCGUUAGCAGGUUAUGUAAUUUUUUUCUGCAAUGAUCGCUACCUUCAUAGCCCACAUGAUACAUCAAAGAAAGCAUUCUAUUGUUUAUAUUAACAUCUUUCUUUUAACAAAUUAAUAAAUCGGUUAUAAAAAGUUUGUAAAAUUAACUACAAUAUGGUUAAUGUACAUAGGUAAGUUAGCUAAAAGAAACAGCCAAAUCGUCUUCUGUGAUACUUUGAGUCUGACAUCAUCAUGAUUAUUUCGUGCAGUCCGUGAUUUUUCUUAUGUCGCGGUAGAUUUCGACCAAUCGAUGAACGGGGCCUGUAGAUUUCAGUCUGGCUGUUUCUAUAGAGCUAUGAAUUAACUAUAAGUUUUCGUAAGAAAUGGAGGAAAUAAUACUUGGUAGAUGUAAAUAUACACAUAUAUUAUGAAAAUGAUUUUGUAUGCUUGACAUGAGAAGGUAUAGAUUGCAGUUAUUUAGACAGCUUAAACUGUAAAUAAGGAUAUUUUUAGAAGUUUAAUUUUAUGGUUUCCUUUGGCUUAAAAAUUGGGGGGGGGGGGAUUAUUGCCAUUAAUUUUGCAAAAUGUACCUAUGGUUUUGUAACAUAAUAUAUAUCUAAAUUUUAUUUCUAUAAAUGAUGUAAAAAUUGUUGUAUACAAAUAUGAGGUUGUAUAUUAUAUGCAAGUUCCCGAAUGUAGGCAUAUUUAUAAAAAAGACAGUUUGCAGAUAUAACAUCUUAAAUGUCCUACAGAGAGAGAGAGAGGAGAGAGAGAGAGAGAAGUAUAUUAUUAUUUUUUAGUAUUUUACAUAUAUUGUUUAAUAACUUUGCAUGAAGGUAUAUGACGUUAUAAGGUCAAAUUUAGAGUGUUUGACGUAAAAUAUGUCCACAUUUAAUGUUUUCUAGUUUUUUUUAAAUGUACUUCGCAAUACAGUAUGGUGCACUAUUUGUUUUUUACUUGCCACUAAUAUAGGCCUUCCACAAACUGAUUCAGGAAGCACUGGUGUUAUGUAAACAAAAUAUUUAAUUUAAAAUCAUUGAUAAACAUUAAACGUUUGAAUCUUUUAAAAUACUUGAAAUCCAUCACAUUUAGUUGAAUCCACAAACUAAAGAUAAAGUGCCAUGAUCAAUGUUUAUGUUUAUGUGUCCGUCUGGUUCAUGCAUCAACUUGUUAACUGCAUGGCAAUUAUUGUAUUUACUGUGAUAUACACCGAAAAUAUUAUCUUUGAAAGUGAUUAAAGAUUUUGUUAUUUAUACAAAAUAUGUACAAGUGGUACAGCUAGUUUUGUCCGAAUGCAUUCAAGUCUGAGAGGAAGAUGGUUUAAUUUUAACGGUAUUUUGAUGAUAAGCAGCCAAAGAAUAUGCAUGGUAUUCAUAAUUAACACCAGCGCCUGUUACAUUUUUAUGUAUAUGGUAUAUGUUUUUGGUGUUUUAACAAUUUUUCAAUGAAUUUAGAAACUUGUUAUUUUUUAAAACUGAUUUGCAUACUUGUUUUGUCCAAUUGUACGUUUUUGAGUAUUUGUAUGGAUAUUGGGUUGAUAUAUUUAUAAAAGGAGACGGCAAAUAAAGCUGAUAGCGUAAGCACA